AUGGCGAGAACUGCUUGGGUCGGCGGCAACUGGAAGUGCAACGGCACUACCGAGUCCAUCAAGACCUUGGGUGAAGUGUUCAACGGAACGUCAUUCGACAAGAAGAAGCUGAACGUUGUUAUCUUCCCCACUGCCAUCCAUUACUCAACCGCUCGCCAGGCGUUGAACGAGCAGUACGAGCUUGGUUCCCAGAAUGUAUCCAAAACCAAGAACGGCGCGUUCACUGGUGAGGUGUCCGCUGAGAUGCUCAAAAACAUGAAUGUCCCCUGGACGCUUGUGGGCCACUCUGAGCGUAGAACCCUCUACCACGAGACGGACGCGGACACCGCGGUUAAGACCAAGAUUGCCCUUGAACACGGCAUCGAAGUGUGCCUGUGCAUCGGCGAGACCUUGGAGGAGAGAGAGGCCGAGAAGACGAACGAGGUUUGCUCUCGCCAAAUCGACGCCUGCGUCGAGGCUAUCUCCGACUGGAACAAGGUUGUCAUCGCAUACGAACCUGUCUGGGCCAUCGGCACUGGCAAAGUGGCUUCCCAGCAACAGGCUCAGGAUGCCCAUGAGGCCAUCCGCGCCCAUAUCGCGAAGAAGGUUUCGCAAGAGGUCGCCGACAAGGUCCGCAUAGUUUACGGAGGCUCUGUGUCUGACGCCAAUUGUGAAGGACUUAUCCAGAUGAAGGAUAUCGAUGGCUUCCUCGUGGGCGGCGCUUCUCUCAAGCCCGCCUUCGUGGACAUCAUCAAGGCCGUCAAAGCCGCUAGAGCAUAA